GUCCUGGUUUAGUCCUGGUUUAGUCCUGGUGCAGUUCCUCUUGUGGCCUGUGGUGGCAGCAGAUGUUUAAACGCAGAGCUGCAGAGGGUUACGUCACUUCCGGGUCGUUUCCUCGUGUUUUUGGCUCGAACAGAAAAACACCGAUUGGAACAUGGACAUCAGACCGAAUCACACAAUUUACAUCAACAACAUCAAUGACAAAGUGAAGAAAGAAGAGUUGAAGCGGUCCCUGUACGCUCUCUUCUCUCAGUUCGGGCAGGUCGUGGACAUUGUGGCGUUGAAGACGAUGGCGAUGAGGGGCCAGGCCUUCGUCGUCUUUAAAGAACUGACCGCCGCCACGAACGCCCUGAGACAACUGCAGGGCUUCCCCUUCUGCACACCUAGGAUCCAGUACGCUAAAACGGACUCUGAGAUCAUCUCCAAAAUGAAGGGAACGUACGGAGACAAAGAGAAGAAGAAAGAGAAGAAGAAGAAAGCCCAGGAGGCGGCGGCGGCGGCCAAUCAGAACAAGAGACCUGCUCAGGUCCCUGUGGCGGCGCACACACCUGUGCAGGUCCCGGACAAUCCUCCAAACCACAUCCUGUUCCUCAGUAACCUCCCCGAGGAAACCAACGAGAUGAUGCUCUCCAUGUUGUUCAACCAGUUCCCGGGUUUUAAGGAGGUGCGUUUGGUUCCGGGGAAACACGACAUUUCGUUUGUGGAGUUUGAGAGCGACACUCAGGCCGGAGUCGCCAAAGACGCUCUGCAGGGCUUCAGGAUCACGGCCACGUGCGCCAUGAAGAUCUCCUACGCCAAGAAGUGACCCUGAACGCACCACGCCCCCGAGACACGCCCCCGAGACACGCCCCCGAGA